UCCUUGGUUGCUGCCAAAACAAAACAUGGUAGACGGAAUUACGACGAUGCAUUCAAACUUUUGUUAAAAACUUGAACUCAUGAUACUUUUAUUGCGAUAAGAAAUAAUGUCAAACCUGCCAAUUCAUGAGCCUGGUUAGCCAUGCUUUCAACAUUAUCAAUAACAAGUAAAUCAUUUUCAGAUGGAAAUGACCAUUCAAGACCAUUUAGUCAUAAAAGUUGUGAUUUCACUAGUCAUGCAUUUACUUGUAUAAACAAAGCAAAUGUAAAUUUGUCAAAAGUGAAAGAAAGUCUUGAAGAAUGGCAAAGAAUGCUCUCAGUGCAUCACAAAACAUUACAAGACCAACUUGAGGAAAAGAUUCUGAAGUUUAACGAAACUGAAUUGAUCACCCCAAAAUUUAAUUUGGAACCAAUCAGGAGUGGAGCUGCUUUGGAGGUCUUCGAUACGGAAAUUAUCAAUCCAACUGGAAAGUGUAAAAGCAUCAGUCCAGUUAAUGAUGAAAAGCUGACAGAUAUAGCUAUAACUCAGAAGCAUGUUGUGCAAAAUGUGUCCAAUCUUCUGCAACGAAUCGAAGAAGAUAGGAGUAAUACAGAAAAACUAUUGUAUAUAGAGCAAAGUAGGACAAAAUUGUUGCAGCAAAAAGUUGAUGCACAUGCAUAUAAACGAAUACAUGAGCUUCCCGAUGCAAUUCAAAAAGAACACGAAAGAUGUGCUUAUAAUGUUCAAGAGUUAAAGUGGCAUUGUGCAUAUCAAGGUCGUGUUGAAGCAAGACUAAUAGAAAAAGUUAGAGUAGCAGAAAUCGGCAAUAACAAGAUUACAGAAGAAAUUAACUUUGUCAAAGAAAACAGUCCUCUAAUAGAAGAUAAACUUAAUCUUGAAAAGGAGGCUAUGGCAAUAAUUCAGAAGAAACAAGAUGACACAGAUAAGGAGCUAAAAGAUACUAAACAGAAACUUGCUAAAACUGAGCGUGAAUUUGAACAAAAAAAACGACAAGCUGAUCAUGAACAAAGGAUGCUAGCCGAGAGAAUUUUAUCUCUGUCAAAUGAGUUAAAUUCAUCACUUGGUAAACUCCUGGCAUUACAAGAAGAACAUGAAGGAAUGAAUGAAAAUAUAUCUGACUUGCAAACAAAAAUAACUGUGACUGAAGAAGAAGGGGAACAUUUAGAGAAAAAGUUAAUUAAAUUUAAAGAAAUAGAAACUUUUUUGGAAGAACAGCUUGAAGAAUUAAAUGACAAAAUGUCUGAAGAAACUUUAAAGCAUGAAAGAAUUUGCAAGAACAAUGAGAAACUUACUAAGGAAAAAUCUGGCCAGAUGACAGCCUAUCAAAGUAUGACAAAAAAUUUGGAGAAUGAGUUAAAAAAAGAAACUACGGAACUUCAGCAACUUUUAAAAAGCAGCAGAAGUACUGAGAAUGAAAUUAAACAUAUUAGACGUAAAAUAGAGAACUGUGAAAAGCAAAAAAUUGCUGACUCAAAGGCUGUCAAACGUUCACUUAUCGAGAGAGAUAAAGUACACAAAGAUCUUCAGGUGAUCAAAGAAGAAACAGACCAAACACGAUUGAUCCACGAAAAACUUUUACUAAAACUGGACCAGGCACGUGGGAAAGCUGCAGAAAUUGAGGAGAAUUUAAUCACUCAAUCUGAAAUGUUGAAGAAACAAAACAAAGAUGAAAAUCAUGCUCGAGUGAUUCUUCAGGCUCGAAUAAAUGCUGACAUGGCAGCUUUUAAUUUCAAGAAAGAAGAAUCCGAGAGAAAAAGAGGAAAGCUUCUGAAAACCGAUCAUGAAAUUCAGUCUAUAUUAGCUAAAGUCAACGCUCAGGUUGAAAAGUUAGAUUCGAAGUGCAUGGAAAGAUUGAAGGCAAUCGAGGCAAUCAAGAAAUUGCUGUUGCAAAUUGAACAUAAACGAAAUGAACAAGAGAAAAUACUUACAUCGCAACUCAAUGAUCUGCUGCUAAAAGAAGACAAGUUGAAGGUUGAUUUGAGCGAUAUCUGCCAGAGACAGCAAGACAAAGAAGACAUGUCCGAUGGAUGUAACAAGAAAUUAUGCGACAUGGCAUCAUCCAGUGUGAUGAUGAACAAGUUGUUAUUGUCAAACGAACGUGCAAUUGACGAGUUAAAUGAGGAACUGAUUGAACUUAAUCUUCAAGUUGAUUCAGAAAAAGAUCUGUCAUCGAAGUUAAAGAAGUCAUUACAGCAAGUUCAAGAACGUGCAAUGUACCAUAGGAAACAACAUGAGUUACAAGCAGAGCAGCGCACAGCAUCUUGGGAGGAACUGAAGCAAAAUUUGGAGAUGUCAUUACAAGAAAACAAAGAAUUAGCCAUUCAAUACAUCAACCUUCAAAACGAACACAUCAGUAAGAAAAACAGUUUCAUCAACACAUAUGAGAAAGCUGUCAUAGCACAAGACGCAUUACAAGAUAAACAAACGCUCUGCGAACUUCACACUCGAUUACACGAAGCAUUAAAGUGUUAUUAUGAGUUACGUGGUAUACAAACAAGAGCUGGCUUAUCGAGGUUUGAAGAAAUGACUAGAAAAAGUUUCAUAAAGCUUGAAAAAGUUCAAAGAGAACUCGAAACAUCAACUCGAAAUAUCUCUGCUUUUCUUGCAGCUAACAAUACCGCUCACAACCAUCUACAUACCAAAAAAGCAUACCAUCCAAAAUUUACGAUAUCUUCUUAGUAUAGAUUCCUGCAUAUUUUUUAAAAGUUGUCAAUGUUUUAAAGUUUUGAUUUUGUAUAUAAUUCGAAGGUUUAGUUUUGUAAGAGAGUAUACUUUAACCAAGAUAAAAAUAAGAGAAACAA